AUGGCCUACGGAGAACCAAUCCCAACCAUCGUCUCGGUGGACCUUGACAAACCUGCCUUUGAACAACCAGGGAUACACAACAGAUGGCACCCAGAUAUCCCCGCAUGUUACACAAUGGAACAGAACAAGCCGUACAAAAUUGAAUGUUUUGAAUGGACUGGAGGCCAGAUCAAAAACAACGACUCUGCUGACGACAUCAAGUACUGUGAUCUGACCAGGAUCCAUUAUCUGUCUGGACCUUUUGCGGUUGAAUCUGCUGAACCAGGAGAUGUUCUGGUUGUUGAAAUCCAAGACGUUCAACCCCUUGACAGAAGCCCCUGGGGUUACUGUGGAGUAUUUGCCAAAGAGAAUGGUGGGGGCUUUCUGGACAAGUUCUAUCCAAAGGCAGCCAAAGCAGUGUUUGAUUUCGAAGGCAUCCAUUGCAGUUCCCGCCAUCUACCUGGGGUAAGAUUUGCAGGGCUUAUCCACCCUGGAAUCAUUGGAACGGCUCCUAGUGCGGAGGUGCUAGAGGAAUGGAACUCCAGAGAGAAACAGGUUGUCCUUGAUAACCCACAUUCCGAAUUCAUCGUUGCAAACCCACCAUGUAUUGAAAACACAUUCGCUGGUUCCUUAGCCGAUAGUGAUAUUGCAAAGAAGGUUGCUGCUGAAGGUGCGCGGACUAUUCCUGGCCGUCCAGAGAAUGGGGGAAAUUGCGAUAUCAAAAAUCUUUCAAGAGGGUCGAAAGUGUAUCUGCCGGUCCACGUCAAAGGAGCUAACCUCUCUGUUGGUGAUUUGCACUUUUCCCAGGGAGAUGGUGAGAUUUCGUUCUGUGGAGCCAUAGAAAUGAAUGGUUGUAUCACUCUGAAAUGCUCAGUCAUAAAGGGAGGGAUGUCCAAAAUGAACAUGAAAAGUCCAAUGUAUCUCCCAGGACCUGUUGAGCCUCAUUAUGGUCCCAACAGAUACCUCACUUUUGAGGGCUUCUCCGUAGAUGAGACUGGAAAGCAGUUUUGUCUGGACACCACAGUUGCCUAUCGUGAGACAUGCCUCAGGGUCAUUGAAUACUUGAGACGUUACGGUUACAACGACUACCAGAUCUAUCUUUUGCUCUCCACCGCUCCUAUCCAAGGUCACGUUGCAGGCAUUGUCGAUAUUCCAAAUUCAUGUACCACAAUUGGACUUCCCAUGGACAUUUUCGACUUUGAUAUCUCUCCUGAGUCCGAAGUAGUCCAAAAAGACAUGAAAAGCUGUGCUUUCGCUACGGAUGAUCUUGAGAAGGGCUUCCCGGUUCAUCACAUCAUCCCCAACCGUCUUCUUGAGAUUAUUACGAAGACCUCGGGAGCUUGA